CUUUCAUCCUUCUUCCUCUCCCACUGUUGCCCCCAAAUCCAGCAGCCACCGCCGGCGCUUCUCAUCUCGGGCCGACGCCGACGCAACCCGAAGGACAUCGGAGAUGCAGCAGGGCGACGGCACGGAGGCGCAGGUGACAUGGGAGGACCAGCAGAACAUCAACCGGUUCGGCCGUCUCAACAACCGCCUCCACGAGCUCGCUGACGAAAUCAGGCUUGCCAAGGAAGCAAAUGAAAACCUUGAGGAUGCUGGGAAUGAACUUAUCUUGUGUGAUGAAGAUGUGGUGCGUUUCCAAAUUGGAGAGGUGUUCGCGCACAUGCCGAUGGAUGAUGUGGAAACCAGGCUGGAGCAGAUGAAAGAGGAUGCGGCUAAGAAGCUGGAGAGGCUGGAGGAGGAGAAGGAAUCCAUCCUUGCCCAGAUGGCUGAACUGAAGAAGAUCCUGUAUGGGAAAUUUAAGGAUGCCAUCAACCUGGAGGAAGAUUGAAGUUGAGUACUACUGGAGCUGUCUUCGAGUGUUGAAUCAUAUGACACCUCUGUUCUGGUUCAGGUGCUUUGUUUGUCCCGAUACAUUGUUCCUUACAGUGUGCUGGCUAAUGUAACAUAUGGGAGUUUAUUCUCUUGAGGUUAACAUGCGAAAAUGUUGUUUCUUGUUUGGUGACCUGUAGAUUGAUAUGAGGGUAUGUUGGUUCUAUUGCCUGCCCUGUUAGCUGAAAUGUUUGGUUCUCUUACCUAUGCUUGUUCAUUCGAAUAUUGAAACUGUGAAGCCAGUCUAUCGAGUUUUUAGUUUGUGUUUUAUU